CUGCGAGCAAUACCGGAUGUUGUUAUCGUUGCGGCAGGAACAGCUGAGAGAAAGGAGGACAACAAGACGAGAGAGAAAACACAACAAGCCAACCAGACAGGAGUAUAGUAUUCGAGACAACAACACAAAACAGACACGUUAGAGAUUUGUUCCAGUGCUGACUCUUGACUUGGAGUGAUGGGACGGAUUUUCCUGGACCACAUUGGCGGGACACGCCUGUUCUCCUGUGCGAACUGUGACACCAUCCUGACGAACCGAUCCGAGCUGAUCUCCACGCGCUUCACUGGGGCCACAGGCAGAGCCUUCCUCUUCAACAAGGUGGUGAAUCUGCAGUACAGCGAGGUGCAGGAUCGAGUCAUGCUCACCGGGAGACACAUGGUGCGGGACGUCAGCUGCAAGAACUGCAACAGCAAGCUGGGCUGGAUAUAUGAGUUUGCGACGGAAGACAGCCAGCGCUACAAGGAGGGGCGUGUGAUCCUGGAGAGGGCGCUAGUGAGGGAGAGCGAGGGAUUCGAAGAGCAUGUUCCUUCUGACAGCUCCUGAGGGGCCUUUCCUACAUACACACACAUCCCUCAGGGGAGGGGAGCCUGCCAGAAACACACAACCCCACAAAAACAACAAACAAGCAAGCAAUGCUUUCUCUGUUCAUACUGUGGUCUGUAACAUUUCCAUCACUAAGCAAGAAAUUGACAAAGAGAUCACUCACCAACAGCAGUCACUCUGUGUAUAUGCUGUACACUGUCACCUUAGUGCCCAGAGUCUGCUGCCUUGUGCUUCUACCCUAGUGAGACAAAAGGAGUAACUCGAGGAGCACAGAUCUUUUAAAUAAGUUAGCCAAGUCCACUCUCAUAU